GGGAGUGGUGCCCGAAAAGGAUCGUGAAGGUUUUCUACAACCACAGAAUCCGUUAGGAUGAGGUUAAAACCUAGUAGACCUGUUUAUAAGACGAGAGCAAGUCUGUCUCCAAGGGAACUAACUCUCCAGUCAUGAUGAAGAAACAGAACGUACGUACCCUUGCUCUCAUCAUGAGCAUCUUUACCUACCUGCUGGUCGGGGCAGCCGUCUUCGACACCCUGGAAUCUAAACAGGAGAGAAGCCAAAAGAGAAAACUGGACGAGAGGAAGUGGGAGUUAAUACAAAAAUACAACUUGACCAAAGUGAACUUUGACGAGCUCGAAGUCCUGAUGUUGCAACUGAAACCGCACAAAGCCGGGGUGCAGUGGAAAUUCGCCGGAUCUUUUUACUUCGCUAUCACUGUGAUAACUACAAUAGGGUACGGCCACGCUGCACCCAGCACGGAUUCAGGGAAGGUGUUCUGCAUGUUCUACGCCCUCCUGGGGAUACCCCUGACCCUUGUCAUGUUCCAGAGCAUGGGAGAACGUAUCAACACACUGGUCCGCUUCCUUCUCCACCGGGUCAAGCAGUGUCUGGGCCUGCACCACACCGAGGUGUCCAUGGCCAACAUGGUGACCAUCGGCUUCUUCUCUUGCAUGUCCACGCUGUGUGUCGGGGCGGCAGCAUUCUCCCACUACGAGGGCUGGAGCUUCUUCCACGCCUACUACUACUGCUUCAUCACCCUGACCACCAUCGGCUUCGGGGACUACGUGGCGCUUCAGAAGGACCACGCGCUGCAGAACGACCCGCGCUACGUGGCCUUCUGCUUCGUAUACAUCUUGACAGGACUUACCGUGAUCGGAGCCUUCCUCAACCUGGUUGUGUUGAGGUUCCUGAUGAUGAACACCGAGGACGAGUGGCGAGACGCCGAGCAGAAGGCCCUCCUCUCCAGGAGGGGUAAGAAGAACGCCGACGGCGGUCUAUCUGCUGUUUCUGUCUCGGCCUCCACUUCCUCCUCCACUCCCCUUGCCACUACUACCAGCGGCACCAAGCGAGGCCUGAAGGAUGUGUACGGCGAGGUGCUGGGCUUCCAGACAGUGUGUUCGUGUCUGUGGUACCGCAGCAGGGAGAAUCUGCAGGGCCAGGGAUCCAUCCCAAUGACGAUAAACCGGGACCUGGGCUUCUCUGACCAAUACAUAGAGAACUGCACCACGCUCUCUCCUCACUGGGACAUGAUGUCCUCUCACUACUGCGAGCCAGGUGAUACAGGGUGUGUAUGCAGCCCUCACCAGUGCAUCAGUUCCAUAGCCUCUGGCUUAAACUUCCUCACCCCAUUCAGGGCCUUCGCCAAGAGACGCAGCUCGGUCUAAACCAGACCAAUUAAAAUCUGGGGACAUCAAAACCAGUUCCACUGCUGAUUUGAAUUCUUCCCUUCUAAUCAGGGAAUCAUUUAGACCUUGGACACCAGGUGGGUGCAAAUAAUUAUCAGGUAGAGCAGAAAAACCCAGCAGUACUCUGGAACUCCAGGCUGGGAUUUGAAGAUCCCUGGUCGAGACUCAGUGAUCAGGUCAGAUUCCUUUAAGCACCAAAAAAAAGAAAUCAGCCUGAACUGGGAUAGACUACCUGAACUGGGAUAGACCACCUGAUCUGGAUAGACUACCUGAACUGGAUAGACUACCUGAACUGGAAUAGACCACCUGAACUGGAAUAGACCACCUGAAACUGGGAUAGACCACCUGAACUGGGAUAGACCACCAGAACUGGGAUAGACUACCUGAACUGGGAUAGACCACCUGAACUGGGAUAGACUACCUGAACUGGGAUAGACCACCUGAACUGGAAUAGACCACCUGAAACUGGGAUAGACCACCUGAACUGGGAUAGACUACCUGAACUGGGAUAGACCACCUGAACUGGGAUAGACCACCUGAACUGGGAUAGACUACCUGAACUGGGAUAGACUACCUGAACUGGAAUAGACCACCUGAACUGGGAUAGACCACCUGAAACUGGGAUAGACCACCUGAAACUGGGAUAUACCACCUGAACUGGGAUAGACUACCUGAACUGGGAUAGACCACCUGAAACUGGGAUAGACUACUUGAAACUGGGAUAUACUACCUGAACUGGAAUAGACCACCUGAACUGGGAUAGACCACCUGAAACUGGGAUAGACCACCUGAAACUGGGAUAGACCACCUGAACUGGGAUAGACCACCUGAAACUGGGAUAGACCACCUGAAACUGGGAUAGACCACCUGAACUGGAAUACACCACCUGAAACUGGGAUAUACCACCUGAAACUGGGAUAGACCACCUGAACUGGGAUAGACCACCUGAAACUGGGAUAGACUACCUGAACUGGGAUAGACUACCUGAACUGGGAUAGACCACCUGAACUGGAUAGACUACCUGAACUGGGAUAGACUACCUGAAACUGGGAUAGACCACCUGAACUGGGAUAGACCACCUGAACUGGGAUAGACUACCUGAACUGGGAUAGACCACCUGAUCUGGAUAGACUACCUGAACUGGAUAGACUACCUGAACUGGAAUAGACCACAUGAACUGGAAUAGACCACCUGAAACUGGGAUAGACCACCUGAACUGGAUAGACUACCUGAACUGGGAUAGACUACCUGAACUGGGAUAGACUACCGUAAUUUCCGGACUAUUAAGCACACCUGAAUAUAAGCCACACCCAC